UCAAUGGGAGAAUAUGAAGCGACUUUCCCUUUUCCCAUGUUUUCUCACUUAUCAUUGGAUUUUGGAAACUUUAUUUAUAGACAUACAGUAUACAGAUCAUCUUAUACAUACAUACAGAGAAAGGGUGAUUUUAGUAGGACAAGUGCUUGUACGGAGUGAGAUUCCUAGGUUCUUUUCCUUUUCCUUUUCCUUUUCACUUCCUUCCUUCAUAAAGAGAACCCAUUUCUUUCUCAUGCUAUCUUAAUACCCAUUAUCUCUCAUUGACAUUGUUUUGAGGUUUUAUACAAGGGUCUAAAGUGAAAUGGGGGUUUGAUAAGCAAUACAUUACCAAGUGGAAGAAAGGAGAUAGAAAAGAGUGAGAAAUUGAUGAUGAGAGGGGUUCCUUAUGACUCAAGCUUCACUGAUUUGAUGUUUUCAUGGUCUCUUGAAGACGUCUUCAAUGAGAAUCUUUACAAGAACCAGGUGGAGAAGAUUCCUGAAUCAUUUCAGUCAGUCGAGCAUUACUUUGGUUCAUUUGUUUUUCCUUUAUUGGAGGAAACACGGGCAGACUUGGCUUCAAGCAUGGAGAUCAUUCAUGAAGCCCCUUUUGCUGAAGUGAUCUCACUUGAUGCGUGCAAGCCGUAUGGAACUUUGCAUUACGAUAUUAAGGUUGAUUACUGGAGAAACAGAUUUAGUGACCGUGGCAAGGAUCCUUACAAAACCUUGCCCGGAGAUGUUUUUAUAGUUUCAGAUGCAAAACCGGAAACUGUAUCUGAUUUACAACAGUGUGGAAGGACGUGGACUUUUGCAACAGUCACUAAUAUCACAGAGGAUGAGAUUGGAGGAGGUAAUAAUUCAUCCACUUUUUUUAAAGCCAAAGCAUUGAGAGACAUUGAAGUCAAAGGUGGAAUGCGGCAAUCACUCUUUGUGGUUUUCUUGAGAAAUAUAACUACAAACAAAAGAAUAUGGAGUGCUCUACGCAAGUUUGGAAAUCUGAAGAUCAUGGAGGAAGUUCUUUGUGCUGAUUCUGAGGUUCAGGAGGAUUGCGAACUUUGUUGUGUCCAUAAUGGGUACCAAUUGACCGAAAGAUUUGGUACAAAUCUACUAUCUAUGCUGAAUGAAUCCCAAACAGAGGCAGUCUUGGCUGCUCUUCUUAGAAUGGAAUGUAAUCACAAGCCUACUGCAAAACUUAUAUGGGGCCCACCAGGGACGGGGAAAACUAAAACUGUCGGUGUUAUGCUUUUUGCUCUUUUGAGGAUGAAUUGCCGGACUCUUACUUGUUCUCCUACAAAUGUAGCUAUAAAUGAAGUGGCUUCGAGGGUGUUACGGUUGGUGAGGGAAUCUGCAAAGGAUGCUUUAUUUUGUUCCUUGGGAGAUAUUCUCUUGUUUGGGAAUAAGGAUCGGCUGAAAAUGGAUUCUGACAUUGAAGAUAUCUAUCUGGAUUAUCGUAUUGAAAUACUUGAGGAGUGUUUAGGACCAGUGUCUGGCUGGAGGCAUUGUUUUACUUCCAUGAUAGAUUUGCUUGAAGAUUGUGUUUCUCAAUACCAUGUUUUUGUGGAAAAUCAAAAGAUCAUAGAAAAAGAACACAGCGAUCCAGAGGAAGUCGAAAAGGAAGAAUUCAAAUCAUUUCUCGAGUUUGUGAGAGCCAGAUUUAAAUCUACUGAAUCAUUGCUGAGAAGAUGUAUGUUUAUAUUCGGUACUCAUUUACCAAGAAGUUACAUUUUGGAACAUAAUUUCCAGAAAAUGGUAACUCUCAUUGACUUGCUUGAUUAUUUGAAAUGUUUGUUGUUUGAAGAGAGUGUUGUUUCCGAUGAACUCGAGGAUAUUUUUUCACACCAAUAUCCAAUUGAAGAUUUUUCUGAAUCUUUUGUGAAUAAACAAUCUCUGAUAUACACAAGGAGCAAGUGUCUUUCUGUUUUAAAAUCUCUUAUGCAUUCUUUUGAAGACCUUGACCUGCCAAGUGUUAUGAUCGAAGGUUCAAUUAAGGACUUCUGUUUUCGAACCGCUUCCUUAAUUUUGUGCACUGCUUCUAGUUCAUAUAAGCUAUAUUUUGUGGGAAUGGAACCAUUGGACAUGCUGGUUAUUGAUGAAGCUGCACAAUUGAAGGAGUCUGAAUCGACAAUACCCCUUCAACUUCCCGGUCUGAGACAUGCCAUUCUCGUUGGCGAUGAGUGCCAAUUACCAGCAACGGUUAUUAGUAAUGUUUCGAGUGAAGCUGGAUUUGGAAGAAGCUUGUUCGAAAGGUUGAGUUCGUUGGGUCAUUCGAAGCACCUUCUAAACAUGCAGUACAGGAUGCAUCCAUCAAUAAGUUUCUUCCCAAAUUCAAAGUUCUAUUUCAACCAAAUCAUGGAUGCACCAUAUGUUAUGAAGAAAAGUUACGAGAGAUGCUAUCUUUCGGAGCCAAUGUUUGGUCCCUAUUCUUUCAUAAAUGUAGUUGGCGGUAAAGAAGAAGCUGAUGAUGUUGGGCGUAGCCGGAGAAAUUUGGUAGAGGUUGCUGUUGUUGUGAAGAUAGUGCAGAAAUUAUACAAAGCAUGGGAAGGCUACAAAAAGAAGCUUAGCAUUGGUGUGAUAUCUCCCUAUGCUGCUCAAGUUGUGGCUAUCAAAGACAAAAUUGAACAAAAAUAUGACAACCUCGAGGGAUUCACAGUUAAGGUGAAGUCAGUUGAUGGGUUUCAAGGUGGAGAGGCAGAUGUCAUAAUAAUUUCUACUGUAAGAUCAAACAAAGGUGGAUUUGUUGGCUUCAUGUCCAGUUCCCAGAGAACUAAUGUUGCAUUGACAAGAGCUCGGCACUGUCUUUGGAUUUUGGGAAAUGAAAAGACACUAGCUAGUAGUGAAUCAGAUUGGGAAGCGAUAGUCCGUGAUGCUAGGGAUCGCCAAUGUUUCUUUGAUGCUGAUUUAGAUAAAGAUUUGGCCAAAGCAAUAAUAGAUGUCAAGAAAGAGCUUAAUCAAAUGGAUGAUUUGUUCAAUAAGGAUAGUAUACUUUUCAAAAGUGCAAGAUGGAAGGUUUUUUUCAGCGAUAACUUCAGAAAAUCAUUUGGAAAACUUACUUCAGUCCGUAUUAAAAAGUCAGUUAUGAACCUAUUACUGAAGCUUUCAAGUGGUUGGCGACCUAAAAAGAAGAAUGUGGACUCAGUUUGUGAGAGCUCUGCACAGAUCUUGAAACAAUUCAUGGUUGAAGGGCUCUAUGUUGUUUGCACUAUUGACAUUGUAAAGGAUUCUAUUUACAAACAAGUUUUGAAGGUUUGGGAUAUAUUGCCUUUGGAAGAGAUCCCAAAGUUGGUUAAACGCCUUGAUGGCAUGUUUGCUAUGUACACCGAUGAUUAUAUUGAUCACUGUAAGCAGAAAUGCAUUGAAGGGUAUUUGGAAGUUCCAAAGAGUUGGGUGAGAUCUUUUGACAUUGUCCGGUUCAAGAAUCUUGACAACCAUGUACAUGGGAAUGAAUCAAGUGGCGGUACUAUUGAUGGUAGGAGUUAUGUUGAGAAUUCAAAGGUUAGUGAGAGCCUGUUGUUGAUGAAAUUCUACUCGUUAUCGUCUGGUGUGGUGAGCCACUUACUUUCUGACCGCGAUGGUAAAGAAUUGGACCUACCUUUUGAAGUAAAUGACCAGGAAUUAGAGAUUAUCUUGUUCCCUAGAAGCACAUUUAUACUUGGACGGUCAGGAACCGGUAAAACCACAGUUUUGACAAUGAAAUUGUUUCAGAAGGAGCAACACCACCAUAUUGCUUCAAAAGGAAUUUAUGCAGAUGAGGCCAGUACUAGUACAGAUGUGAGCAAGAGGAAUGACGUUGGUGACUGUGUUGUAGAGUUUAAGGAUAGUGUCUUGCGCCAACUUUUUGUGACAGUCAGUCCAAAACUGUGUUAUGCUAUCAAACAACAUGUUUCUGGGCUGAAAAGGUUUGCUGAUGGUGGGAAUUUUUCUGGAGAAAACAGUUCAACUGAUAUGGAUGAUACAGCACAAUUUAUGGAUAUCGCAGAUUCUUUUCUUGACAUUGCUUCUAACAAAUACCCUCUUGUCAUCACAUUUCAUAAGUUCUUAAUGAUGCUCGAUGGAACAUUGGGUGAUUCAUACUUCGAAAGGUUCCUUGGUGGAAGCGGACUUUCUUAUUGUAGAACUAGUGGUUCAAGAUCAGUUGCUUUGGAAACUUUCUUAAGAACAAAGGAGGUUAACUACGAGAGGUUCUGUUCUUUGUACUGGCCCCAUUUCAAUUCUACGCUAACAAAGAAGCUUGAUCCUUCCAAAGCGUUUACUGAGAUAAUUUCUCACAUAAAAGGUGGAUUGGGAGUGGGUGAGGCUCGUGAAGGUAGACUUAGUCAAGAGGAUUAUGUCCACCUGUCUGAGGGUCGGGUAUCUACUUUGAGUAAGCAGAAGAGAGAGAAAAUUUAUGAUAUCUUUCUGGAUUAUGAGAAAACAAAGAUGGAAAAGGGUGAAUAUGAUUUAGCUGAUUUAGUGAAUGAUCUUCAUUAUCGACUAAGAAAUGUAAGACUUGAGGGUGACAAAAUGGAUUUUGUGUAUAUUGAUGAAGUGCAAGAUCUUACAAUGAGACAAAUUUCUCUUUUCAAAUAUAUUUGCCGAAAUGUGGACGAGGGCUUUGUUUUUGCAGGUGACACAGCACAGACUAUUGCAAGGGGAAUUGAUUUUAGGUUUGAAGAUAUACGAUCUCUGUUCUACAAGGAGUUCGUGAUGGAAUCAAGAGGCAAUGCAUUUGUUGGAACAAAGGAGAAAGGAUAUAUAUCAAAGAUUUUCGGCCUUCGCCAGAACUUUCGUACCCAUGAUGGUGUGCUUAGAUUAGCACAAAGUGUCAUUAACCUUCUUUACCGUUACUUUUGUCAUUCUAUUGAUGUUUUGGAACCCGAGACAAGUCUUAUAUACGGUGAAGCUCCGAUUCUUAUUGAGUCUGGAAAUGAUGAAAAUGCAAUUGUAACU